AUGUCAGCAGGUCCAUUAGAUGAUCAUCGCUCAAAUUUUAAUAAUAUACCAAAAAUACUUCUUAUCGGUGAAACAGGUGUUGGAAAAUCAACAUUUAUUAAUUAUUCGUGCAAUUAUUUUAAUAACGGUAGUUUAAAUAAUCUUAAAAUUGCUGUUCCAUGCAAACAUCAUCCAUAUUCUACUGAAAACUACUCACAUAAUGAAUCAAAUCUAUAUGAUGAUACUCAAUCAAAAACUAGUGAUUGUACUCAAUAUAUUUUUACUGAUUCAACAACAAAUAAGCAAUAUUUAUUUCUUGAUACUCCUGGUCUUUCUGAUACUCGCGGUACUGAACAAAAUGAAAAUAACAUUAAUAAAAUGAUUGAUGCUAUAACAGGUUUAGGUAAUUUAACAUCUGUUAUUAUUCUUAUUAAUGGAUCUAUGAAUCGAUUAACAAAUCAUCUUCGUACUAUAAUUACUUGUUUAAAUCGUACUAUACCUGAUAUUAUUUUAGAAAAUGUUAUUGUUAUAUUAACGAAUGUUAAAAAACAUGAAUCAUCAUUUGAUUUAAAUAUAUUAAAUUUACAUGGUAAAGUUUAUCCAUUUCAUAUGCAAAAUGGUGCAUUUGUAUCAAAUCCUCAAACAUGGAAUAAAAGUAUUUAUGAUAAACUUCAAUAUGAUUGGAAUUAUUCAAUGAAACAAAUUAAAAUAAUAAUUGAAACAAUUGAUUCAUUUAAACAAUUAUCUAUUGAUUCAUUUAUACAAUUAAAACAAAUUCGUAAUGAUAUUAAAUUUAUUAUACACGAAAUACAUUUAGAAAUAACUCAAAUACAAAAAAUUCAAAAUGAAUUAUUCCAAUUAGAUUUUGCAUUUCAACAAGCAAAUCAAGAUACAAUUACAUAUCAAGAUUAUAUUCAAUUUCAAACAAUUGAAAAAAUUGAAAUAGUUGAUGCUGAAUAUCAUAGUACUUUAUGUGCAAGUUGUAAUCAAGUUUGUCAUAAUCAUUGUCAUUUAAAUGAAACAACAACGAUCGGUGCACAAAUAUUUUCUCGAUGUAAAGUUAUGGUAAAUGGUAAAUGUCAACAAUGUCCAAAUCAUUGUUCAUAUAUAAAUCAUUAUCAUGCGAAAAAAACUAUUCAGAUAACACAAGAAAAUUUAUAUGAUAUAUUAGAUGAUUUAAAGAAAACAUAUAAUCAAGCAUGUGCAAAUAGUACGAACUAUCAAGAAAGAAUCUUAACAAUAAAGGAAACAAAAGAAAUAUUAGAAAAAACAUUGAAGAAAAAAAUUCAUGAUAUUAAAAAGAAAUCUAUUGAAUUAUAUCAAAUAUGUUCAUCAUUUAAUUUAUCUCAAGAAUUUAAAUAUUUAAUAAAACAAUUAAAAUUAGAAUCAAAUUUAAUAAAAAAUCAUGAAAUAAAAAUACAAACUGAUAAUAUAAUAAAAUAUUUAAUUAAAUUUAUUUAUUCAAUUGAAGAAAAUCGUCAAAAACAAUCAUCAAUGAAAAUUAUUGAUAAAGAACAAAGGCUUGAAGAUAAUUUACCUGAUAUUAAACUUUUAAAAACAGUUGAUUUAAUUCAAUUAUAUCAUAAAACAAAUGAUCAUAAAUUUUUAACAUUAAUUUUAAAUGAACUUCAUCAACGUGCACAAGGUAAAUCAACAAAUCCGCUAUUAACACCAAAUGAAAUUAUGAUAAUAAAUAAAAAAUUAGAAAAAUAUAAAUAUAAAAAUAUUCAAGAAUUAAGUUAUUCAUAUCAUAAAUUACAACAACAAAUUAAUAAGAUUAUCGAUUCGGAUAUUUUUCAAAUUGUUAAUGUUAAUUCUGAACUUUUAAUUGAAAAUUUUAUAGUUCAAACAUUAUUAGAUGAUAAAGAAAAAAAUGACGAUAAUCAAGAUACAGAUGUCGAUGCAACGUUACAUUCAUUUCAAGAAUUAAAUGUUUCAACAAUUUCUUUUUCUUCGUAUCCAAAUACACGACGAACAUCAUCACAAUCAAUUCACUCGCCUCCUUAUCCAAAUGUAGCACCAAUACCACAACCAAUUUAUCCACCUCCUUAUCCAAAUGUAGCACCAAUACCACAACCAAUUUAUCCACCUCCAUAUCCAGAUACAGUAUCGAAAACAUCUAAUAUUAAUAUAACAUCCAUUGGAUUUUCUCAUUUAACAUCAGCUCCUUAUCCAUCAGUUAACCAUCCAUUACGUAUGCCAGAUUUACCAGAUGAUUAUUUUUCAACUAGUUUUGAUAGUAAACAAUCGGCACCAGGAGUUUUUCGUCUAGAAGAUUAUCGACAUGAUUCAGGUGAUAAAAAAAGUACAACAUCAUCAAUUGAUCAUCAUGAACAUAUGCCAAUGCCAAUAAAUAAUCAACCACAAUCAAAUAACAACGCAGAAUAUCAACAUAUAAUAUUAACAAAUAAUCGUACCUCAAUACCUGAUAUAAUAUCAUUCAGUAUUGAUUCAAUAGAAUCUUCCAAAUCUCUCUUAAGAUAUCUACCAAAUGAUAUAGCUACUAGUCUCGCUAAUGAAAAUUUGCAUCUGUUGGAUAAUUCACGUUUGUUAUCAAUGUAUACUAAUGCAAAUCUUACGGAAGAUCAAUCUCAAAAAGAACUUAUUUAUCAAGAACUUCAUCGACGAUGUUAUGGUGAAUAUCCAAUGUUAAUUAAAGAAAACAAAAGUUUAUUUGAUGAAAAAAUGAAACUUAAUCAAAUGAAAACAAUCGAUGAACUUGUUAGAACACAAUUAAUAACUAAUAGAAAAAUUCGACAACAUUUAAAAAAUAAUGAUGUUACAUUAAUCAAUGAAGUACCAUUAGACUUAAUUAUUGAAGCCAAUGUUUUAAAUCAAUUAAUCUUAUUAAAAAGUCCAAUGUAA